AUGACAGGCAAUCGGACCCUCUAUCUGGCUUUUGUUGCGUCUGCCUCUCUCUUUUUCUAUGCGGUAUUCCACCAGUGGGGCAGUGUAACGGCAGACAGCAUCCAAGAGAACCUGACGUCUCAUCGCUUUGGCAAUGAAACUGCAGCCGGACGCCCAGACUUCGAACAGAUUGCGCGCAAAUAUGGCACAGACAAAGUCACUACUCAUCAGUACCAAUUCAUGUACGACAAGUAUCUGUCGGCGAUUCGAGACGACCAGUUGAAGGUCUUGGAGAUUGGGCUUGGCUGCAACAUGGACUAUGGCCCCGGAGCGUCCUAUUACACUUGGCUCGAAUAUUUUCCCCACGUAAAUCUCUACUUUAUCGAGUACGAUGGACAGUGCGCCCAAAAAUACCAAGACAAAACCCCCAACGCACACGUCUUCGUCGGCGAUCAGGCAGACACUCUCUUCCUCGCAAAGUUUUCCACAGAAGCAACCACAGACGGGCUUUUUGAUAUAAUAAUAGAUGAUGGCGGACACACAAUGGACCAGCAGAUGACUUCCCUGGAGCUUCUCUGGAAAGCCAUCAAGCCGGGCGGCUUAUACGUGAUUGAAGAUUUACAGACUAGCUACUGGGAGUCUUUUGGCGGAAACCCUUUGGGAAGGAGUUCAUCUAAAGAAACUACCAUUUCUUACUUGUACCAACUAGUUGACGACUUGAUGAUUGGGAGAAACGCAAAGCAAAUCAGCCACGACUUGCUCUCCAUCGACUGCAUGGCAGAGAUUUGUGCACUGCGCAAGAAGAAGCAUAUAUAA